AUGUAUAACGUUUACGGAAGAAACAUCGCAAAAAAAUACGCGCCAAGAUACGCACAACAAAAUAGAUUAUUUCAUAACAUGAAUGGUAACGGAGUAAAAGGAAAUAUUAGUUUGAAAGUUACAACUCUUGGAUUAGUUGGAGGGGGUGGGAUUGGAUUUAUUCACAUUAUUAGAGGUGAAAUUAAAGAAACGCUUAAACCUCUCGAUCUAAAGAUUGACAUGAUGGACAAAAGAUUGGAAAGAUUAGAAAAUCAAUUCCAUAAAUUUUCCGAAGAUAUAGGACAUAUAAAAGCAUUCUUAACGAAAUAUAUCGCUGACUCUUAG